AUUUUUAACUGCACAGAUAACAAGAACUACACAGAAUGGGAAAACCAAGCCGACUGAACCAAUCUGUUGCUCCAGACUUCCUCCUUCUAGGACUCUCAGAGCAGCCGGAGGAGCAGCAUCUUCUAUUUGGAAUCUUCCUGGGCAUGUACCUGGUUGCCAUGGUGGGGAACUUGCUCAUCGUCCUGGUCAUCAGCUCUGAUGCACACCUUCAUACUCCCAUGUACUUCUUUCUGGCUAAUCUGUCCUUAACUGAUGCUUGUUUCAUUUCUGCCUCAGUCCCCAAAAUGCUAAUCAACAUUCAUAGCCAGAGUCAGACUGUCUCUUAUUCUGGGUGCCUUACACAGCUGUAUUUCCUCCUGGUGUUUGGUGGACUUGACAAUUGUCUCCUGGCUGUGAUGGCAUAUGAUCGUUAUGUGGCCAUCUGCCAUCCACUCCAUUACAGCACAGUUAUGAAUCCCCAACUCUGUGCACAAAUGCUAUGUAUGUGCUUGGUGCUGACUAACUGUCCCGCCCUGAUGCACACACUGUUGAUGACACGUGUGGCUUUCUGUGCUCAGGUAAUCAUUCCCCACUUCUACUGUGAUCCCAGUGCUCUGCUGAAGCUUGCCUGCUCUGACACCCAUAUUAAUGAGUUGAUGAUCAUCACCAUGGGUUUGAUAUUCCUCACUGUUCCUCUCAUGCUAAUCGUCUUCUCCUAUGUCCGCAUUUCCUGGACUGUGUUGGGCAUCCCGUCUCCUGGUGGGCGAUGGAAGGCCUUUUCUACCUGUGGCUCUCAUCUCACAGUGGUUCUGCUGUUCUAUGGGUCUCUGAUGGGUGUGUAUUUACUUCCCCCAUCAGUUCGAUCUACAGAGAGGGAGAGCAGGGCUGCCAUUCUCUAUAAUGUCUUGAUUCCCAUGCUAAACCCAUUCAUCUAUAGCUUGAGGAAUAAAGACAUGAAACAGGUUUUGUUCAAACUUGUUGAUGGUAGGAAGACAUUCUUCUUACCGUGUCUCUGA